CCGCCGCCCCUAUAAGAGCCGCCGCGGCCCCGCCGGUCCCUGCAGCGUUCCCCGGGCAGCAGCGAUGGCACAGCGCGGUGACAGCGACACCGGCGGGCGGGCAGCGCCCCCUAGCGCCGCAACCCUGCCCUGGGCGCUGCUGCCCGCGCUCUGCCUGGCCCUGGCCUUGUCACCUCCCGUCCGGGCGAUGCCGCCGCCGUCCUCCCCCCUCGCCGAGAGGAUGAACCGCUCCCGGGAACUGCUGGCGGCCGCCAGCGCCUCCAUCCACCAGCUGAAGGAGCUCGGCACGCUGGGAUUUGAAUGUACCCUUGAAGAGGUCGAUCUAGAAGAUAUCACUAAGGAUAAGAUCAACACCAUAAAAUCUUGUAUAUCUCAGGAUCCAGAGACUGGAAACUGUCCAGCACUGGAAAGAUCUACUUUUGAUACGAGUAAAUGCCUGCAGGGCAUCUAUGAGGAUCUGAAUGCCUACAGGGCAGAGCUGAGGAACUUGGGUGAUCAAAAGGUUCUGACAGCUAUUGAUGAGAUGAUGACAGCGCUAAACCCCAGCGGCAGAAGCGCGGUCCAACCCCUGCCCGGUGCGGUCCCCACGUCCUUCCAGGAGAGGAUGCGGCUCUGCAGCAUCCUCCACGCCUUCCGAAUCCGCACCAUCACCAUCGGCAGGAUGAUGAGCUACCUGACCUCGCCGGAGAGCUCCCUCUAAGUGCCCGGCCCUCCAGCACUUGGGGUAUAGAUUUGACCUAAAGCAAUUUUUGGAGAAAAAAACAGUAGAGUCAAUACCCCGCAAGGUGGUUGGGGGCUUUUUAGGAACCGAGCGCAUAAUACUUCACAGUUUCUUACAAAUCAGGUCUUAGUGAGCUGUUGUCAGUGUGUUUUAAGCUGUCAUGAUACACUUCUAGAUCUCUAGAAAAUAAGCUACGUUGCGGUACCAAAAUGUUCUCAAACCGCCAAACACUCAACUGUGUCUUACCCACCUUAUUUAUUCAGCUGUAAUUUUCAGAAAUUGAAACAUAUUUAUAAUAAUCGAUUUAUUUAUGAUGGUAUGCCUUAUUUAUUCUAUUUAUUGCCUAAUAAAGUUUGCAUUAAAAAAAAAUGGUGACUUUUUUUUCUUCCUUGAGAUAUUACAUGAAUCAAUAAUAUAAUGUCAUAUCCAUCAUACUUUUAAAAUGCCGUGAAUGUUGCUGGCAGGUAAAACUAUAUCAUAGUAACAUUCAGCACUGAUAUAAUAUUU